GCUGCCGGACUCGUCUUUGCUGCCACCGCCGGCGCUGCCGCCUCAUGGCGGCCAUCGGGGUUCUCCUGGGCUGCACAUCAGCCUGUGUGGCUGUCUACAAGGAUGGCCGUGCUGAUGUAGUUGCAAAUGAUGCAGGUGACAGAGUUACUCCAGCCGUUGUAGCUUACUCAGAAAAUGAAGAGAUUGUUGGACUGGCAGCAGAACAAAGCAGAAUACGAAAUAUUUCAAAUACAGUAAUGAAAGUAAAGCAGAUCCUUGGCAGAAGGGUGCUCUCAAGGGACCCCCACCUACAGCAACUCCCACAACCUUUUCAGAGGUGCAGUUGCUCCCUGUCAGAGCAGCCCCAUGACCAGACUGGGUGUGUCCGGGGAGCCCGGUCCCUGCACCAGCACCAGCUGCAACACUCCUGGUGCAGCCUCCGCACCACGGCCUCCGGUCUCCUCUCCCAGAGUUGGUUUUGUUUCUGGUGGGGAUAG